AUGGCUGCGGGCCGCGGAAGAGGGGGCAGCAGACCAUUUAGUGUUCGAGGAGGCCGCGGAAGGGGCCAGAAGGGCGGCCGUGGAAGCCGACGACCGACCUUCGAAGCCUCGAGGGUGGCAGAAGCUCAUCAUGAGGAUUCCUCAGAGGAUGGAUCGGUACACUUGGGAAGCGAUCUAGACGCAGAAGAUCAACUAGAGGCCCCCGACGAAAGUUCCUCCAGCAGCAGUGAUGAUGAAGAGGACGAGAACAGGACGGAGAAACCAUAUAAUACGUUACUACAAUUGCUUAACACUGGGCAAGGUGUCGGUGGACCAGCUAGGAAAAGGCGGAAAAUGGACCAUAAUUCCAAGAAAGUCGAUGUUGAAGUGAAGGGCUCCGAUGAAUCCGAUGCCGAGGGACUUUUAUUGGAAUCAGAAGGCGAGGAAAGCUCUGAAGGCGAAGAAAUGGAGGAUAUGCCUAUGGACGAAGUCAGAACAGAGAAUUCUGGUGACGAAAACGAUGCAUCGGAUCCGUUUGAAAUACACUUCUCAAAUGUAGACAGUACACUGCUAUCGCAGAAGAUAAAGGCUAUCUCCUCAAAGGGCUGGCAAUCGCAUAAAAGUGAACUUCCAGGCAAGUUAAGGUUGAUGGCCAGUCAGCCAAAUACAGAAGGCCAUAUAAUACAGGUACUGCCUGCAACUCAGGGUGUUGAUAAUUUGAAGUUGAAGCAAAAACUGGCAAAGCAUGCAGGCGACCAUAUCUCUAAACUUGAUAGCCUUGCUUCAAGCCUUGUCCCUUACAUUUUCGGCUACCAAGACUUACUUUUCGGUGCAAGAACGCUAUCCAAUUCUGCAACGUUCCGAGAUCUCUACUGCCUGCAUGUUCUAAACCAUAUCCUUAAAACUCGAGACCGGGUGUUGAAAAACAACUCUCGCCUGCAAAAGGAACCCGAAUCAGAUCUGGAAUUGCGAGACCAAGGCUUUACCCGCCCCAAAGUGUUGAUCAUAUUACCAACUCGACAAGCUUGUGUGAGGGUCAUGGAAUCUAUUACGAAAUUAUAUCAGGCAGAGCAGCAGGAAAAUAAAGCUAGGUUCUAUGAGACCUUUUCUGCUGCCGAUGAUAAGUCGUGGGAGCACAAACCGGACGACUUUCGGGAACUGUUUGGUGGGAAUGAUGAUGAUAUGUUCAGGUUGGGCUUGAAGUUCACACGGAAAACGAUCAAGUACUUUUCACAGUUCUAUAAUUCUGAUAUCAUACUGGCAAGUCCGCUGGGUCUUCGAAUGGUCAUGGAUAAAGAAGAUGGUGAAAAACAAGACUUCGAUUUCCUUUCUUCAAUCGAGAUAGCCAUUGUCGAUCAAGCAGACGCUCUCCUAAUGCAGAACUGGGAGCAUACCGAAUACGUCUUCUCACACCUAAACCUGCAACCGAAAGAAUCUCACGGCUGUGACUUCAGUCGCGUCCGUAACUGGUAUUUAGAUGACCAGGCCAAAUAUGUCCGCCAAACCCUCACCUUCUCAUCCUUCAUCACCCCCGAAAUAAACGCCCUAUUCUCAUCUCGGAUGCAAAACACCGCAGGCAAAAUCAAAGCCACCCCAACCUACGAAGGUGCCAUCCUCGACAUUCCACUGCCAGUCCCCGUCAAACAGACCUUCUCUAGAUUCAAUUCGUCAUCCCCCGUGAAAGACCCCGAAAACCGCUUCAAGUACUUUACCAGCACAGUUCUUUCAUCUCUCAUCCGCAGCUUCACGGGCAGAGGAGGAACCCCCAGAGCGUCAGGUACUCUAAUCUUCAUCCCAUCCUAUUUGGACUUCGUUCGCAUUCGCAACUACCUCGCCACCUCCUCACAGACGGAGCAUCUCUCCUUCGGCGCCAUAUCAGAGUACACAUCUGUGCGCGACGUGGCUCGGGCGCGGACUCAUUUCUUCAGCGGCCGCCACUCGGUCCUGCUCUACACGGAGCGAACGCACCAUUUCCGCCGCUAUCAGAUCCGAGGAGUGAAAAGGAUUAUCAUGUAUGGUGUGCCGGAGAACCCGGUUUUCUGGGGGGAGGUUGUAGGGUUUCUGGGUUUAGAUCCGGCGGGGGCGGCGGAGGCGGCGGAGGGCGGUGUGCGGGCGUUGUUUUCGAAAUGGGAUGCUUUGAAGAUGGAGAGGAUUGUUGGGACGAAGAGGUUGGGUAAUAUGUUGAUGGAGAAGGGGGGGGAUACGUUUAGUUUUGUAUAA